AUGACGGAGUCACAAUCUACUCGAUAUAUCCCACAAUACCCUACAGGAGACAGCGAUGAGGAGAACACACGCUUUUUAGUUCCAGCCACAGGCGCGGAAGCUGAAGCCGAAAAGCACGACGGUUGCCAGGAAAAGCCUAAGGGAUGGCCGAAAGGAUGGAGAUUCACCUUGUCUUUGGCUGCGUUUGUGGGAGUUCUUGUGUUUGGGUUCAAUCUCGGCUUCGUUCUAUGGGCUAUCACACAUCAUAAUCUCAGCAAUGGGCGUGGAGUUCUCUAUGACGGUGAUUGUGACCAUAUGCAUGAUUUGAGCGUUGGAUUUCACUUGGUGAUUAAUAUAUUCAGUACCAUUUUAUUGGGUGCAAGUAACUUUACAAUGCUAGAUUGGCUUGACAUCGGUGUGCCGAGUGUGAGGAAUUUUCGCCGAAUAUCACGGAAAAGAGCAAUACUGUGGAUAAUUUUGGUGCUAUCAUCCCUUCCCCUACAUUUAAUUUAUAACUCGACCAUUUUUGCCACUCUAUCGUCAAAUGCCUAUUAUGUCUUUCUCGGAGAUGAGCCCCUUGGACGGAAUAGCCCGGAGGACAUGACGCUGGUUCUACCUACUAGGUUUCCUUAUGAACCCGGAGAUUCUCUUUACAGUCCUCCUCCCGAGGGUACUGUCUACGAUUAUGAGCCCCAGCGGCCUGCUAUCAAUUCCACAUUUACUCGACUUUAUAGUAUGGGGCGUAAUAAGACGCUUAAAUAUUUGGAUAACUCUGCGUGCCUUGAUGCAUAUGCUACAACAUAUCAAACAGCCUACCUUAACCUACUAUUGGUGACAGAUAAGCCCAAGAACGAAAGCGAAUACCUUGUUGUCGACUAUCAACGCGUGUUUAGCCCCUCUCUUUACAGAAAUGCCAUAAAACCCGAGCCUGAUCCCUACCGAUGGCUGUGUCCUGAGGAAGAUGAAAUUAGCCGUUCGGAGAGAGACCAGAAAGAUUCACAUGACUGCAGAUUCCAUCUCCCAGAUAUCCGGGCUCAGGUUGCAGCGUCCAACUGGACAGUAGGGUCCCAUCAAGUGAGGUUCUGCCUUGCUGAGCCGGCACCAGCUCACUGCAAGCUUCAGUAUAGCCUUCCGUUAACUGUGAUUGUUAUUAUCUUUAUCGCUAUUAAGGUGACUGCUAUAUGCUACGUUGCCCUCACGACAAUAUCCGCUAUUUUGACUACUGGGGAUGCCGUUGCAUCUUUUAUUAGAACGCCGGAUGAGACGACACGCGGGAAAUGUUUGCUAUCCAUGAAGGACAUUACGAAAGCCCCGGAUGCAUCUAAACCUAGCUGGUUUUAUCAAAUUUAUACGGGAUAUAACGAGAAACCCGAACGGUGGCACUCUGCUGUGGCAAAUAGACGAUGGACCUUAGGAUACGGAUUUAGUACAAUUUCAGACAGCAGUGGUAUUUGGUUGGUCGGAUUGCAAGCAACUGAUCCGCGCACCUUGAUAGUGGGUGACUGGCCUACAUCCCUGGUGUCCAACACCCUAAUGGCAAAUUUGCCACAACUUAUAUACUCCAUCAUAUAUUUCGCAUUCAACAGUAUUGUUACAACAAUGACUAUGGCUGCAGAAUGGAGCCAAUAUGCCGUGCAGCGAAAAGGCCUUCGAGUACGGAUGCGCCUAGAAUAUCGCAACGGAGCACCUACUUCCUCUCAUUGCCUUACCGCUACGCAAUCCCGCUUAUGGGUACAUCGGGUAUACUGCAUUGGCUCAUCUCGCAAAGCCUCUACCUAG